AUGGCCUGGGCGUACACGGCGGCCGCGCUUUGUGCGCUGGGCUCUGCCGCCAAGAGGCACAGCCUGAGCCUGGUCAGCCAGGGCCUGCUGGGACCCGCUGGUUCAGAGGCAGCCGCGCAUCAGGCGCUAGCCCUAGGGGUCGCACGCACCCAGUUCAUGGAGGACAGGGGCUCGUACGGCGUGACCCUGGACCUGGGGGACGGGGUCACAGCCGCCCAGUUCCGGGCAGUCAUGGCGGCUGGGCGGGGGACGGAGUACGUUCUGGCGGUUGCAAGCGGCCGCCUCUUCUCCGAGCACCUGCGGCGCCACGUGACUCCUGCCGGCCCUCACCCCGCCCUGGAACUCCAGCUGCAAGGCAAGACAGCUGUUGUCUGUGGAGGCACGCAGGGCCUGGGCCUGCGCCUGGCCAGGCAGCUGUCCAGGGCCGGGGUCAAGUCCCUCGUGCUCACCAGCCGGCGCGGCAAGCUGGCUGCCCAGGAGGAUGAACGCUUCUUUGCUCGGCAUGGCACCGAGGUCUUUGUUCUGAGCCAGGACGCGUCCAGCCCCGCCCAGAAUGCGGACCUGGCACAUUGGCUGGCCUCCCAGGACCUGCCUCCUGUAGCCCUGUAUGCCCACGCCGCGGGUGUGCUGGCCUACGACCUCAUCCCUGACCUGACCAGGGACGCUUUCUUGGCGGUGGCCCAGCCAAAGGUGCUGGGCGCGGUGACCGGCGUCGAUGCAGAGGUGACGCUGCUCUUCGGAUCCACGGCCGGUGUGUGGAGCCAGUCGGGCGCGGCUCACUACGCAGCUGCCAACUCCUUCCUGAGGGCCAGGGCCUCACACCGCGUGGUCACGCUGUCCUUUGGUCCUUUCUCUGGCGCAGGCAUGGCCGCCUCCAUGAGCGCUUCCAUGGAGGCGGUGGGGCUGGGGAUGCUGGAGCCGGCGCAGAUCCUGCACGCCCUCAGGACGGUGCUGAGGCAGGGCCUCCGGGACGCUGUCGUGGCCCGCCUGAGCCUCUCCACCUUUUGCGCCGUCAACUCGAUCAAGGGCCCCUGGAGCUUCCUGGACGGGCUUCAGGCCGGCGAGCGGAGCGAGACAGGGGAGCCACGGCUGCAUACCUUUUCAGGCCAGCAGCAGGAAGCCGUUCCCGAUCGCGAGCCCCCACGGCCUCACAUCGAGCAGACGGAGCUGCUCGCUCUCGUGCAGGGCGUUGCCAUCGAGGUGGUGGGCGCCGACGCCCUGACCUCCUCCGGCAUGUUUGCUGCAGGAGCCUUCGACUCCUUGUCGGCGGUGGAGCUGGCGUCAAAGCUGGGGCAGAGCCUGGGCCUGACGCUACCCGUCACCCUGGUCUUCGACUUCCCCUCCAUCCCAUCCAUCGCGCAAGCGGCCGGUACAAGCAGCUGGGCCAUGAGUGCCCCCCGCUUUGGCGGGUUUCUGCAUGAGCCUGUUGAACACUUUGAUGCGGGGCUGUUUGGCCUGCUCCGCCCCGAGGCCGAGCUGAUGGACCCCCAGCAGCGCCUCCUCCUGGAGAUGGAGUAUGGCGGGCUGAGCGCCGCCUGGCACCCCCUGGGCGCCACCUCGGCCACCUCCACGCCUUUCAGCGUGGCGGCGGGGAGGAUUUCCUUCUCAUGGGGCCUGACGGGUGCCGCAGUCUCCCUGGACACCGCCUGCUCCUCGGCCCUGGUGGCCCUGAGCCUGGGUGCGGGCCGGGUAGACCCCGGCGCCCCCGCCCUGGUCGGGGCGGUGAACCUGCUGCUGGCACGCAACACCUCCGCCGCCGCGGCGGCGGCAGGCAUGCUGACGCAGGAUGGGCGCUGCAAGACCCUGGACGCGGCGGCAGACGGCUACGUACGAGCCGACACGGUGGCGGCGCUGGUCCUUUGCAGCCCUGUGGGUGCCCGUGACGACGGCGGCAGACGCACCGGCCCAGCCACCGUCAUCCUGCUGCGCGGCUGCGCGGUGAACCAGGACGGCCGCUCCUCCAGCCUGACCGCGCCCAGCGGCCCCGCCCAGACCCGGGUCAUUCGCACGGGGCUGGAGCUGGCGGGGCUGGCGCCUCCCCAGCUCGCUGGCCUGGAGCUGCACGGCACCGGCACCCCACUGGGCGACCCCAUCGAGGUGAACGCAGCCGUCGCAGCGCUCCCCGGCGCGAUCAGGCUCUCGGCCGCCAAGGCCAGGGUGGGCCACGCCGAGCCCGCCGCGGGCGCCGUGGGCCUCCUGCAGGCCGCCGCCCAGCUCAGCGCACACAGCGUGCACCCCCUGGUGGGCCUGGCGCGAGUCAACGCUCACGUGGCCGCGUGCCUCGCCGACCUGCCGCGCGGGCAGCCUGCGCCGGUGCUGGCGCGGGAGGGCGCUGGCAGGGCGGAGCGCCUGGGUGGCGUGGCCUGCGGCGUCAGCGCCUUUGCCUUCCAGGGCACAAAUGCGCAUGCGGUGCUGGACCGCGGACCCUGGGGCGAGGGCGCCCCCACCCCAAGCUCCGCCACGCCCUGGAUGCGGGAGCGGCACUGGUUCGGGCCGGCAGCCCUGCUCCUCUCGAGUUCAGUCCGGCCCCGCCCAGACAACAUGCUGCGCUUCCGGCUGGAGGUUGGCGCAGCGCGGGCAGCGUACCUGCUGGACCACCGGGUGGCAGGGCGCUGCGUCCUCCCCGCAGCCGCCAUGCUGGAGGGCAUGGCGGCCGCUGUGGUGCCGGGAUACAACGCGGGUAUCGCCGUGAAUGUCUUUGUGGAGCGCCUGAGCAUCAGCGCUCCUUUGAUGCUGCAUCCGGGCGGGGGCAUGGAGGUGGGCGUGGAUGUCGAUGUUGCCAGGGCCGGCAUGCAGCUGGCCAGCAGGACUGCGGCGGGAGGAGGCGGGACCCAGCUUCACGCCACGAGCCAGGCUGGUGAGCUAGGGUUGUUUUUGUUUGUAGGGUUUGCUUGA